AUGGGAAACUGGUGGUCUCAGCUGCCAGCUCAGGAGCUGAGUAAAUAUAUCCAGGACUAUCUGAAGCCCUAUGAAGAGUGCCAGAGACAGAUCGACCAGACUGUGAACACCAUCUGUGACAUCCUGGAGGAACCCAAGAACUUCCCCAAUGUGCAGGGAGUGGCCAAAGGUGGCUCCUACGGUCGGGAAGCAGUCUUGAGAGGCAACUCCGAUGGUACCCUCGUCCUCUUCCUCAGUGACUUCCAACAAUUCCAGGAUCAGAAGAAAAACCAACAUGAAAUCUUCAUUAAAAUUAGGAAAGAGCUGGAAUGCCAUCUGCUCACAAAGGGACUGGAAAAGAAGACCCAGAUCCAGAAGACCCAAGAUGGGCUUACUCUUCAGGUGUUUACAAAACAUCAAAGAAUCUCUUUCAAGGUGCUGACUGCCUUCGAUGCUCUAGACCCUGGUGAGAAUCCCAGCCCCCGAGUCUACCGAGAUCUCAAAAGUUCCUUGGAUAAGACAAAAGCCAUCCCUAGUGAGUUUGCCGUCUGCUUCACCGAACUCCAGCAGAAGUUCUUUAGCAACCUCCCCAGAAAACUGAAGGAUUUGAUCCUCUUGGUAAAGCACUGGUAUCAACAGUGCCAGGGGAAAUGACCCGAGUUAUCCUGGCUGCCUCCAUAUGCCCUGGAAUUGCUCACAGUGUACACCUGGGAACAGGGAUGUGGAGAAGAAGACUUUGACAUCUCUGAGGGCAUCAGAACCGUUCUGGUUCUGAUCAAGCAGAAGGACCAGCUGUGCAUCUACUGGACGGUCUACUUCAACUUUGAGGAUGAGACCGUCCGCAACAUCCUGCUGAAACAGCUCCGAUCAGAAAGGCCUAUGAUCUUGGAUCCAACCGACCCAACCAAUAAAUUCACUGGAGAUGGGCAAUGCUGGAAACUGCUGAAAGAGGAAGCUCAGAACUGGCUGAUGUCUCCCAGCCUGAGCAACAAGCUGCCGUUGCCAUCUUGGGAUGUGCUGCCUGCACCACUCUUCAAGACCCCAGGUCAUCUUCUAGAUAAGUUCAUCAAGGAUUUCCUCCAGCCUAACAAAACCUUUCUAAAUCAGAUCCACGAGGCUAUUGAUGCCAUCUGCUUAUUCCUUACAGAAGAAUGCUUUCAAGAUUCAUCCACCAGCAUCCAGGUCUUCCAGGGAGGAUCAGUCGCCAAGGGCACUGCACUGAAGACAAGCUCUGACGCCGACCUCGUCGUGUUCCACAAUUCGCUUAAAAGCUACACCUCCCAAAAAAACCAGCGCUAUGAAAUAAUCAAGGAGAUUCACAGACAGCUGAAAGCCUAUCCAUGGAAGAAGUAUGACAUCGAGUUUAAGAUUUCAAAAUGGAAGUCUCCUAGAGUGCUGAGCUUUUCCCUGAAAUCCACAAUACUCAACGAAAGUGUCGACGUCGAUGUGCUGCCUGCCUUUGAUGCUCUAGCUAAGUGGAAUUCUGGCGUAACACGCAGAGGCACGGUUUAUGAUGAGCUCAUUGAGCUCUAUAAAUCCUCAGAAAUCCUGGGGGGAGAGUUUUCCACCUGUUUCACCGUGCUACAGCGAAACUUCAUUCGCCCCCGGCCUACCAAACUGAAGGAUUUAAUUCGCCUGGUGAAGCACUGGUACAAACAGUGUGAAAAGAAACUGAAGAAAAAGGGCUCUUUGCCCCCAAAGUAUGCCUUGGAGCUGCUCACUGUCUAUGCCUGGGAGCAGGGGAGUAAGAAGGAGGAUUUUGACACCGCGGAAGGUUUCCGGACGGUCCUGGAGUUGGUCACACAGUAUCAGCAACUCUGCAUUCUCUGGACAGUCAAUUACAACUUUGAAGAUGAGACUCUGAAGUAUUUCCUGCUGAGCCGGAUCCAGAAAACCAGGCCUGUGAUCUUGGACCCAGCAGAACCUACUGGUGACGUGGGUGGAGGGGACCGUUGGUGUUGGCAUCUUCUGGUCAAAGAAGCCAAGGAAUGGCUGUCCUCUCUCUGCUUCAAGGAUGGGACUGGAAACCCAGUGCAGCCAUGGGAAGUGCUGACGGUGCAAACACCAGGAAGCUAUGGAGCUAGGAUCUAUCCUAUUGUCAACAAGAUGCUCUCAUUCAGAAGGCACAGAAUUCUGAAUAAUAAUGCUAGAAGAAGCUUCUGA